AUAAAUUUCCCACUUUUCCUACCGCUUGCCUACCCCCCUCUCUCUCCAUCCUCCCUCUCUCUUCUUCCCAAGCAGCUGCAUGGGAUGUGAAGUUCCAAUACCCUCCUACGACAAGGCGGCUGCAACUUUCACAAUGUUUGUGGCUUCCCUGGGGUACCCAUCUCUUCUUCUGUUCUCAUCAUCUUUCCUGUUCUUCUCUCUCUUCCUCUUCUCAGCCUCCCACAGCCCAAAACACAAGCAAAGUCUUCUCUUCUUGCCCCUUUGUUGAACCCUCCUUCACAUCCCUGACCGGGUCUUUCGGCUAACUUAAGUUCCCAGGCUCAAGUUUCUGUUCUGGGGCCUCUCUUUUGUGUCCUUGAGAUCUGCAGGUUUUCUUGGGUUUUGCUCAGUUUUGCCAACUACCUUGUUCUUGAUUUCUUGUUUCUGUGAGUUUGAGAAGGGAAUUUUGAAGGUUUUAGGGUUAAGGAGAUUAGGGUAUUGAACCAUCGGAAGGUAGUCAUUUUGUUCGGUUGCAUUUCGCCAAGAUUACAGCUGUGUAGGUACUGAGUUAAUUGGGUCAAAGCCCUGCUUUCUGUCACUUGGGGCAACUUCACAAAUGCAAUCAAGGGUUUCUUUUAGUGUCUUGAUGUUUUGUUAAUCCCACCUGGUCAUUGCUACCCAACUAUGGCUGCUAGGGCUCACUGUUUCGUCGAGUGGAAAGAGCAAUUUGUUUCCAAGGAAAGGGGCAACCGUGUGGUUCACUAUUUCCUGAAGGAUAUAUCAGGGGAGUCCAUUCUUGCUGUUGUGGGCACUGAAAGGAGUGUUAGGCACAUGUUUUAUGUUGUUUCUGAGGAAUUCUUGAACACUGUUGGGGCGGAGAAUUCAGUCCAAGCUGGGUUUAGAUGGAGGUCAAGGAGAGAGGUUGUCAACUGGCUCACUUCUAUGCUAUCCAAACAGCAUCUUCAGAGAGAUCCAUCCAAAUCACCAAAGAAUGAUCCAAUGAGUGGAGUCACUGCUCAGUGGACAAACAUGCCUGACUACAAGGGCCAUCUUGCCAAGAACUUGAAAGGACACACUUCAGACAUUGUGUGGUCAGGUGUUGCAUGGAAAUGCGGUAAACUACUCAACCAUUAUCCAGCAUUUUGCAGGAAUGGCAUUAGAAUAGCGGUGCAAUCCUUUGUAUUUGUCAUGGCUGAAGAAGAUAAUCAUUACCUUGCAUAUUUGGAAGACAUGUAUGAAGAUAGGAAGGGACAAAAAAAGGUUAAAGUAAGGUGGUUUCACCAUAAUCAAGAAGUCCAGGGUGUUGUUUUCCUGCGAAAUCCUCACCCCAAGGAAGUUUUCAUCACACCUUAUGCACAGGUCAUUAGUGUUGAGUGUGUUGAUGGUCCUGCUACAGUCUUGACUCGUGAACAUUACCAAAAGUGUAUAGAGGUUAUUCCAAGUGCUCUUUUAGCAAGGAUACAUCUUUGCCACAGACAAUUUAAAGGCAAUCGUGUGAAGCCCUUCAAAUUGAGUAAACUGCGUGGCUACUUUGAUCAAUCAAUCUUCUCAUGUUUGGAUCGUGACUUCCUUGAAGCUGAGGACGGUAGUGCAGGGGACAGUGCAAAGGUUGGAGCUAAACGGACAAGAAGUUCUAAAGGGCGUCAGAAGUUAACAUAUAAUCUAUCAGACCAAAACUUGAAGUAUGAAUUCCUGAGUAGGAGCCGUAAUCGUGCUGAAUUCCAGCCUUGGUAUACCCAUCCUUUUAAGGUUAAUGAUAAGAUAGAGUUGAUGUGCCAAGAUAGUGGUAUCAGAGGCUGCUGGUUCAGGUGUGCAGUCUUGGAUGUUUCUCGAAGACAGAUUAAGGUGCAGUAUGAUGAUUUGAAAGAUGAAGAUGGCUAUGGCAAACUUGAGGAAUGGGUCCCUGCUUUCAGACUAGCCAGGCCUGACAAACUAGGAAUGAGAAGACAAAGCCGCCCAACAAUUAGACCUGCUCUUCAUCAUAAUCGGAUUGACCAUGAGUUUGAGGUUGGAUUUCCAGUGGAUGCAUGGUGGAGUGAUGGCUGGUGGGAAGGGGUUGUAACUGGAACUGGCAGCAAUGAUGAUGAAAGUUUGCAAGUUUACAUUCCCAGUGAGAACUUACAUCUGAAUAUGAACAAAGAGAACCUAAGAGUUUCAAGAGAUUGGACAGGAGAUCAGUGGGUUGAUAUCAAGCCAAAUCCCGAUAUUCAUUCAGCUUUGUCUUCGGUUAUCGGCCCUGUUACUAAGCUUCCUGCAUCCUCAUUCACCAUGACGCAUCCCCCAUCUCAUGAUUGUCCUAUUUCAAGUCAUGAAAUUCCCCCCUCCACUAAGCUUGGCCUAGAUGAUUCGACACCUUCUAACGAACUUCCCUGUGAUGCGCACCUGGAAAGGAUACCGGUAGAAGGCCGAGACGAUGACAGUAAUCCUGCAAGUGGCGGCGCUGCAAAGGCGAACUCAGAGCACCCUGUGGAAAUGUGUGGUGGUGGAGGGGGUGAAAGUUGGCGUAAGCUAGAGGAGUUUGAAACAGCUGACAGGAAAUCUGAAACAGAGUUGUUGGAAGCUGUUGCAUAAUGUCUGACAGAAAUUCAGUCCCACGAAACACGAGAUUGCAGCGGGCAGUGAUGUGACUGAUUAUGUAAAUAAAGAAAGAUGCUAGGACUUGACUUUGCACGUUUAGGUGUACAGCAGUGAGGCUAGAAUUUUUUAGAUGAGUUCUGUGUUUGACUGAUUGUUUUAGAAAUAGGUGAUUCAGAUGACCCUUCCUUCCAGUUAGAGACUAUAUCUCAUCUCUAAUGGCUCGGAUCUUCUUCUUCUUCACUUCUUAUACUCUUCUGUAACUUUCUAGCUAUCAAAUUCUUGCACUCUCCUAUAUUCCUAUCAAUUGUCUUCUCUUUUUGCUCUUAUUCUGGCUGUUUCGCACUUCACACAAUGAAGCCUCUGCAAGCAUGUUUUUCUGGGAUUAUGCCAUUGGACUCAGUUGCAUCUGCUAAUCAUUGAACAGGCCAAUUUUUACC